AAAGUCCCACUCUCAUCAUCUUUUGAAGUAUUUUAGCGUUCCCAGUGGUCUUUUUAAAUAUGAUAACGCUGUUUUCAAGCUGAAAUGAGAAAACUUUUGUCGUUUUCUUGGACAUAGUUUUCUGCAGAGCGGCAGGAGUUAAUCAGAAAUUCCCCUCUGAGUUGUGGGCGGAACUUUUGGUGCAGAGCAGCUCCGUUCCCUUCCCGUUGCUAAGAGUUUGGAGCAGGGUGCUUGUGGUCCACCCAGCAUAUUUUUUACUUCCCAAAUAAACUCUUUUCAGAUUCACAUCAAUCUCAAUAAAGAAAUAAUCAGAAAUGCAGUUUUACCCCUCAUACAUGUCCUUCAUGAUCAGGGAAAUGCUACAAGAACACAGUAAAACACCAAAAACAUGAUUUUCAUAACAGUGGGUCUUAAAAAAAAAUCAAAUGGAAAAAAAACAAUCUGCACAAUCGUGUAAAUUAGAAUUUGAAAUUAUAUAAACUAUCUAAUGUUUUUAUGUGUCUAUUUUAUAGGAGUUUAAAGAAAAACUGAUCUAGAAUUCAGAAAUAAAGAAUCUUUUGUUUUAAUGGUGAAUUUCUGUGACAAGUGAUCAUAUGGAUGCGAGUUCCUGGGAAAACAAUGAGGCUUUUGUGUUCACAGUCUUCCCUGAAAAACUCACUCACGUUUUCUUUAUCUACCUGUUGCUCAACCUCGCAACAAUUCCCGUAAGCAAUUGUGCAUGCAUUUCUUUUUUUCUAUGCUGACCAACAUUCCUCCCAUGACUUCAUGCUUGACUGCAAUCUGACAGCUUCACAGGAAUUUUUAUUGUCUCGGAGUUAAUUAUUACUUCAAAACAAGUGUCAAUAGAGCUGAAGCAGUGAGAUUGUUCCAUAAUUUCCCUUUAGGAAUAAAAAAAGCCCCAAAUCUGUACGGAAACACCCCCACACACACAAACACCCACACUGAAGGAAGAGGGAUAGAAGGAAAGGCAGACGCCUACAAGGGGAGGGGGGCAAAGUGGAAUACCAGUCACAGGCAGCCCCAUCCAGCACUGACUCAUUUCCUACUCACAGCAGAAGACAGCCCAGGUCGACUUGUUUUUAUAAUUCAGUUGUGCUCAGCUGCCAAACACAAGUCUGGAUGCACGUCUGAGAUUCAUCACAAUGAUCUGUGCUGUUCUUAUGUUCAGUGGGCUCCUCAUGGGGACUCUCUCAUCCCCAACUGUAUUCCCGACCUCAUCUUCCACUGAGAAAAAACCCUGCCGGAUCUACAACAAUGGCCGAUCUGCAGACUGUCGAGGACAACAACUUUACAGAGUGCCGCCAAGACAUCUUCCCCCCACUCUUGAAGACAUAGAUCUCUCCUACAAUGAAAUUAAUGCUGUCCACGCCUCUGAUUUCCAGCAUCUCCCGCGCCUUCAAACUCUUCAGCUGCAGUACAACAACAUUUCGCACAUUGACAACAAUGCUUUUCAAAACAACACGUUACUGGAGCAUCUUGACAUUUUUAAUAACUCCCUACUGGAAAUCCCUACAGUAGCUUUAGAGCCUCUUUUCAAUCUAAAAAAGCUUUUUAUGUCCAACAAUUUAUAUAAACACGCCACUUUAGCCGACAGUUUCUCCAAGUUUGUCAAACUACAGAUACUGUCUAUGGGCGGUCCUUUAGUUAUGGGUCUAAAGAAGAAGGAUUUUUAUCCACUCAAAAGUAUCAAGUUACAUACGUUUGCAAUUAAGUGCUCCUCCAACCUCAGCUAUUAUGAGCCUGAAAGUUUAAAAGUCGUACAAACAACUAUAAUGGGGUUUGAUAUGGCAGUUGAUCAGUUGCCGAGUGCUCUCCAUAACAUGCUACACGAUCUAGCCAACAAGUCAUUCCAAGUCAUUCAGUUUCGCAACCUCUUUGAAUUUACAUACUACUUAGGAAAGGAUGACAUUUUUCAAGGUUUGCGAAAUGUUAAAUCCCAGCAGCUCAUUUUUCAUAGAGGCAAAUUUAAUGAGAACCUUCUGAGGAUGGCUCUGAUGAACUUACAAGUGACCCCCAUCAAACGGCUGAGGCUUCAGUACAUCGACUUCGCCCGUUCACCGACAUUUGUCGACAGUGGCGUGGGUUCCAGCAUCACAAACCUGGCACUCGACAACUUGGAUCUUUGGUACAUCAGCAACCCUGACAUCCUGCGGUUUGACUGGCGCUUCACCUGGUUCAAAAAAAUCAAGCACCUGUCCAUUCAACAUGUGUAUUUCAAUUCAGUACCUUGUGACUCCUGGUCAGAGAUGGAAGGACUUGAGAUACUGGAUGUGUCCAACAAUCGACUGCAGAAUGACUAUGUCUUUAACCAACGCUGCGAUUACAGUGGCACUAUGCCUAAUCUACACACCUUCAACAUGAGCACCAAUGACUUGACAAGCUUGAAAGAUUUGUCAUCUCUAACAAGAGAGUUCAGCCGGAUGCAAGUGUUUGAUCUCAGCAACAACAAACUGGGGUCUACCCAAGAGAGGGAAGACUGCAUCUGGAAACAGAACAUCACUCAUUUUAUUGCUCACCACAAUCCACUAGGAAGCAAUGCUUUCAAUUGUCUGCCAACCACAGUACACUACUUGGAUCUCUCCUACUGCAACCUGGACCAGUUGGAAAUGACAUACUUCAGAAAAGCUACCAACCUGAAACACCUCCUGCUGAGUGGAAAUAAAAUCAAGUUCAUUCCAUCUAAGUGGGAGAGUCUCUCCCUGCAGUUUCUGGCUUUAGAUGGGAAUUCCUUUGGCCUGAUUAGCAAGGAAUCCUUCCAGCACAUGCCCCAACUGUCUGAGCUUAGUGCAGGAAACAACCCUUACCAUUGCACUUGUGAGCUCCAUGCUUUUGUGGAGGACACAUUGUCAGAGGGAAAGAUUAACCUCACAGACUGGCCUUUAAACUACAGAUGUUACCACCCAGAGCCUUUUCUCAACACUUUCAUAUCCAAAUAUUUUCCUGGCAAAGUUGCCUGUGACAUUCGAUUGGUUAUCACCAUCAGCGUUGUUGUUACGGCAGCAGUGAUAAUGGUACUUGUGCUGAUUUGCUACAUUUUUGACCUCCCAUGGUACACUAAAGCCACUUAUCAGAUCAUCAGAGCCAAAUACAGAGCUCACAAGGAAAAAGCAGUGGGGGAAAUGGAGACUUUUACCUACCACGCCUUCAUAUCGUACAGCCACUCUGAUGCUGACUGGGUCAGGGACCAGCUCCUGCCCUGCUUAGAGAACAACAGAAACCCCUAUCGUCUGUGCAUUCAUGAGCGGGACUUCAUGCCAGGAAAAUGGAUUAUCGACAACAUCAUUGAGAACAUUGAAUCCAGUCGCAAGAUCAUUUUCGUCCUUUCCCGUCACUUUGUCAACAGCGAGUGGUGCAACUACGAGCUCUACUUCGCUCAGCAGAGAGCGAUGGGAAAGACUUUCAGUGAUGUCAUCCUUGUGGUAAAGGAGCCCAUUGAUCCAAGUUCUUUGCCCAGCAAGUACUGCAAGCUCAAAAAGAUGCUGAGCACCAAGACGUACCUGGAGUGGCCGCAACAGCCAAACCAGCAGCAGUUUUUCUGGGCACAGCUAAGGAGUGUUUUGGGCAAACCCACUGAGACCCAAGACAGGCCGCACAGCAUCAGGAAAAGAAACUCAGAGGGAAGAAUUUCAGUAAUCGGGCCUCCAGUGGAGAAAAAUAUGCCAAAAGAGGACAUGCCUGAUGCAGACAGUAAAGAUCUUGAGUUUGAUGAGGGGAAUGGUAUUGAGCUGUCAAACCUGAGACAAAUUCCCAUCAUGGUAUUAUAAUAUGAGCAUUUGACAGUUGAUGCCCUCAGCUCUGCUUUUCCUCUGACCAAAGACCAUCAAUUAAAAUUUGUGUCAGACGGAACCUCCUGGUGGAUGAUGGAGCACCAUAUUAAGACUUCUGUGGCAAGUUCCUAAUAGGAAGAUGGUCUGUUGCAUUCUUGCACAUUGGAAAUGAGAUCAUGAAUGAUAAUUUGACUUAAAGCUAAACAAAAAAAACAAAAACUUUAAAUGUAGGGACUCACAAACAAUCCUCAAUAGCUGUUUCAACUACUUUAGCUGCAUCAGUUCUAACAUUGAUUAUCUGAAGGUCAUGUGAAAAAUAUUGUGACUAAAACCAUGGUACUACAAAUUUAAAAGCGGAUCUGUUGUUACAGAAAAGUUAUCACACAUUGAUCAUUUUAAAUCUGAAAUAGGAAUUUAGGUGGAAAUUAUAGGGAAAUACGUCUGAAGAAACCCUAUUUUUUUUUGGAUGGAAACAUAAUAAAACAAUAUUUCAUACAACUGUUGUAAAAGUCCAAUUCUAGUUCUUUCUAGUAGAACAUCGUUGUUGUUGUUUUUUUAAACUCUACAAUGUUAUAUAUCUUGCACUAUUAAAAAAAAAAAACUUAUUUCUGUACCUCAGUCAGACAGACAGGUCAUGGAGAAAUUAAUUUAAAAAAAAAUGAAACUGGGACAUUUUUUGGUGCUUUCCCUCCAGCUUUACUGUCCUCGCAUUUAUUGUCGAGUUAUACCAAUGAAGAAAAGACAAAUGCUGUAAAUACAUUACAAACCAAAUCUCAAUAAUAGCUCUUAUUUCUUUUCAUUUCACACUAGGAUCAGUUUUAGUGUUGACCACUAGGGGCUGGCGAUGUGCUGACAUAUCUCCAAAGAUAACUGCUGUGACCAUGAGCUGAUAUUUUCUUCACACGUACGCAGCAAAACAUAUGACGCAUUAUUUUAUAAUGUGUAGAAAAUGAAAUCGGAUUUCAGUAAACAGGGAUAAUUGUGUCUGCCAAAAGUACAUGUAAAGUAUUUUUUUUUAAAUACACUUUGUGUUUUGAUAUUUUUGUGCCCUGAAUAACUGAGAUGUAUUAAAUGUUUUUAUUAAGUUGUUUUUGAGCAUUGUAAGUAAAAACAGAUUUUUUUUUCUUGAUAUGGAAAUGUUCAAGCCAGUAAAUUAAGUUUUUUUCUUUGCUUCAAAUGAGAUUUCUUGGCUUACAUGGACGCAUGUGAAUCAGGUCUGCUCUCUUUGUGUAAAGUGAAAGAAAAAGAAAGGCGAUGAAUGUUGAACAACACUGCCGUAUAUGUUGGAUAAAGCUCUAUACAACAGUCCCGUGCAAAUGUGAAUUGCUCCAAGUAAAAGAUGACUUUAUUUCUUCCUUGAAAGGUAUUGAACAGAGAAGUUGAUGAUGUUCAAGGGGUCAUUUAUAAGCUUCAAGUAGAAUCCCUGUGUGUGACAGCCACCCCUAAAAUGAUGACCAUACAUACUCUUAAUGUAAAGUGAUAUCAAAUGUUGAUUUUCAACAAAAACUGUUAAAAAAUUUAAAAAGAGGUGGAACUUUC